AUGGGCCUAUCCAGCACCUCCACCGUGUAUGCGGCGGAGCUUAAAGGCCUUGUGCUCGCUCUACAGAUGAUCCUCGACAUCCAUGUAGCAGGCGUUCCCCCUGGGAAAUGUGCUAUCUUUACCGACAACCAGGCCGCCAUCCAGACGAUAAGGAACCCCAAACAUCCAUCGGGGCAGUAUAUCCUCGUCGAAGCCAUACAAGCACUCGACAAGCUCCGACAAUUGGGGUGGGAAGUGCAUUUUCGCUGGAUCCUAGCACACGUCGGUGUCCUAGGCAACGAAGAAGCCGACCGAAUGGCAAAGGAAGCCGCCAACCCUACCCGAAUUACCGAACAAUCUGGAGCGAGCUCGAUACGAACGUUGAUAGCAACCACGAAAUCCACCAUCCGCCAAACUAUGACACGCGAGUGGGAGACAUCUUGGGAAACGCGAAGUACGGUAGGGAUCUCUUCCGUCUUAGAGUUCGGCCAGGAAAAGCAAUCCUCGAUACCCACUUGA